AUGAGAAGAAUACAGCCGCAGAAAGGAGAGCCAAAGCAUACAGACCUAGCUGAUCUAGAGACGAAAGAGCCGUCAACUCAGCUAGGCAAGUAUCUCCGGCUCAAAAAGGUCUUUUCCGGCCAGGGGGUAUCGGAGUAUGCGGGGGUUUCAACCACUACUGCCGAAACAGUCCGCUGGAUAGAGAUUGAAGGAGUAGAGGCCGAGAAAGAAGGGUACGUGGCCCGUCUAGAAGCCGUGCAGCAGCACCAAAAGGACAGCAUUCCAAUACUGCCCCGCAUACUGCACUGGACAGUUCAAGGAUCCUCAGUGCUACUAGUAACCGAAGCCCGUGCCGAACAAAGUCUACUAUCUUUCCUUGAAGGCCUUAUUCUUAAUGAAGCUCUUAUCAGACAAAUAUCCACUCAACUACUAUCCGUGUGCGCAUGGCUAGAGAAGAAGGAGUGCUGCACUCCGAUUAGUAUUGAAACUGCCCGUAUAGAUUGUCUCGGCCGUGUGUAUUUACAUAGUCCUUCUCUUUGGAAAGAGUUCUUAGGCCUUGAGUUAGCUGAAACAGAGAAACAGUCAUCUGCCGAACGAAUACGACAUUUAGGCUUGUGUUUAUUAGCAUUAGGAGGGGGUAAAAUCAGCCCCAGCAUUCUGCUCAGCAGUCAACUAUCUACACUAAGCGAGCCGGAUCAGGAUAAGCUACAAAGAGCUAUUAUUGAACAGAUUGAGCAUAUCCCAGUGCCUUGCUUUAAAGAAGUUGUUCUACUCGCUCUUUCUGCUCCUUACACUAGUAGUUUAAUAGAAGAGAUUCAAGCUCUGCACUUCUUCUACCCCGAGUCAAAGAGCUUAGACUUAUGUGCAUGCGGACGCGGGAGCGAACUCGGCAUUCCUGACGGGGAAGAGUACGAGCCAGUCUUAAACAAUCCAGGACGAGGUCCUAAUUCAGAGUCUAUUUAUGACCACGAGGCCGGAGUGGCCGUUAAAGCUUCUACUUUAGAUAAGGAUAUGUUCUCAUUUCAGAUGCACUUCUUCCGGAGUUGUAAGCGAGUCUCCUUUUGUUUCAACAAACGAGAAGAUACGGUAGAGAGUGUUAUUAGAGAGAUGGAAGAUGAAGGCUUAGCUGAAGAAGAACAGGUGGAUCUGAUCAAAGCCCACAUGGAGAAUCUCAUCGAGAAGAUUGAGGAGAAGGAAGAAGAGGAGAAGAAGAAGGAGGAAGAGAGUAAAGAGAAGGAAGAGAAGAAGAAAGAGAAGAAGGAAGAGAAGAAAGAGGAGGAAAAGGAAAAGAAGAAAGAGAUCAAAGAGAGCAAAGAGAGUAAAGAGAGUAAAGAGAAGAAAAAGAAUGGAAAUCGCAGUAAAGAGAGUUCUCCUGAGAAUUCAGUGCAUUCUUCUGAGGAUAGUAUUGAGUAUCCAACUACUGAAUGCAAAGACAUCCAGCCGGUCUACGAUUUUGCCUUAGAAGUAGCUACGCUGGUUAAGCGGACUAAAAGUACGGCUGAGAGUUGGAACAAUUUAUUGAAGCGCCAAGACGUACGUACAGUUGGGGAUUUGCGUAUGUUAGUGGAGGAGGACUGGGAGAUGCUUGAACUACCUGUCUUUGCCUCGCGUGCGAUGAAGAACGUCUUAUUUGGAGAGAGUUAUAGGCCAUUUAGGGAAAAGAUGCUUGGGGUGGAUGAUAGUUUGAAGGAGUACGAGCAUGCUAGCCCGGUUGAGGAGUUGUUAAUGGAUACGGCGGAAAGGCAUGCUCGUCCUGAGCUAUUCAGUGACUGGGUACAGAAAGUUAAGUGCCAAGACAUUCGGACAGUAGGAGAGUUGAAGUUACUACGGGAGGAAGACUGGGAGCAUUUAGAGCUAUCGGUCUUUUCCUAUCGGGUAAUUCGCAAUGCUGUCUUUCGUCAAAGUAAGUGCCUGGACCAACGAGUGCUGCGUAAGGAGGACUCUGGGCCGGCCAUAUAA